UCCGUGAGGCUUUCGCAAAUGCCACUUCCUGGUGUGAUUGGUCGGAGAAAAACGUCGUUGCAUCAAAGAUGGCAUAUUUUAAACCCGCUUUCACUUCAUUUUGUAACAGUACUGGAACAAAUUGAGAGACGUUUUGCAGUAAGAGGCGCGGGGGGCGGGGGGUAGCCGCUCGUUGCGCUGGACAUCUCUAGUUGUCAGUGCUGUGCUAGCUAAUUAGCGCAGAUAGUAAAUAUUAGCUUGUGGAGAAAGCCCACUCAUUGUAAAUAACUAAAAUGGCUACCAUGGAGAAACUUAUGAAGGCCUUUGAGAGUCUGAAGUCGUUCCAACAACAGCAGGGACCGCCGACUGCCGAGGAACUAGUCCAGAAACAGAAAAAGGAGCAAGCCACAACGAAAAAGGACAGAGUGACCCACUGCCUGACCAUAUGUGAAAACAUUGUUGCCCAGUCGCUGAGAACGUCUCCAGAGUUUCAGAAGCUGCUUGGCAUCGCCAUGGAGAUGUUUCUGCUUUGCAGCGAUGACGGCGAGUCUGACGUCCGGAUGGUGGCUGACGAGUGCCUGAACAAAAUCAUCAAAGCGCUGAUGGACUCUAACUUACCCAGGCUGCAGCUGGAGUUGUACAAAGAAAUUAAAAAGAAUGGUGCCUCUCGGAGUCUGAGGGCGGCUUUGUGGAGGUUUGCCGAGCUGGCCCACCUCAUCCGGCCGCAGAAAUGCAGGCCAUACCUGGUCAACCUGCUGCCGUGCCUCACCCGCAUCACCAAGCGGCAGGAGGAAACCGUGCAGGAGACCCUGGCUGCAGCAACGCCCAAAAUCAUGGCUGCGCUUGGACACUUUGCGAAUGAUGGGGAGGUCAAGCUGCUGCUGAAGUCGUUUGUUGCCAACCUGAAAUUCAGCUCCCCCACCAUUAGACGGACGGCAGCCAGCUCCGCCGUCAGCGUAUGCCAACACUCCAGACGUGCCAGCUACUUCUAUACCUGGCUGCUGAAUGUGCUGCUGGGUCUGCUGGUUCCAGUCGACGAGGAACAUCCCAGUCAUCUGAUUCUGGGGGUGUUGUUAACUCUACGCUACAUGAUGCCUCUACUGCAGCAGCAAGUCAACACUACCAGCCUGAAAGGAAGCUUUGGGGUCAUGAGGAAGGAGGCAGAUGUUCAGCCAACACCUGAGCAGAUGCUACAGGUGUACGAGCUGACCCUACACUACACGCAGCACUGGGAUCACAACGUGGUCACGGCGGCUCUGGAGCUCCUGCAGCAGAUGUUCAGGACACCGCCGCCAGAGCUCCUCCACCUGCUCAUCACAGCGGGCAGCAUUUCUCACGCCACCGUUUUUCGCCAAGACAACGAAAGCCGCGCCCGCUCUGGCAGCAUCCUGGAGCUCAUUGGUCCUCGAUGGCAGUGAAAGUCAGUACUCGGGGAUGCAGAUUGGAACACUACAGGAUGAAGAAGAUGAAGGAACAGCAUCGUCCUCGCAGGAGGAACCCUCUGAACCGUUCCUGCCAUCGGCUCUUGCUCUGAGCAAACCUCAUCUCUUUGAUGGCCGAGGUCACAACCGACAGGGUUCUGACUGCAGCGUGGACCGCUUCAUUCCCAAAGAUGAGCCUGCUGAGACAGAACCUGACAUUAGGGUAAAGCCGUCACGAAUCAAGGGCCCAAUCGGACAUUACACAGACCAGGAGGCGGAGCCACUCGUGCACUGUGUCCGACUGCUUGCUGCCUCCUUCUUGCUGGCAGGGGAAAAACACGAUUUGAUCCCAGACAAAGAGGUGCGCGUCAGUGUGAAGGCCUUGGCGUUGAGCUGCGUCGGAGCUGCAGCUGCUCUGCAUCCCGAAGCUUUCUUCAACUCCCUCUACCUGGAGCCGCUGGAUGGUGUUCCCUUACACGACCAACAGUACAUCAGUGACGUCCUGGACUUCAUCUCCCACGGGGACCCUCAGAUCAGGGGGGGCACGGCCAUCCUCUGCGGAGCCGUUUUACAGGCCGCGCUCACCAAAACCCGUUACAACAUCAGCUCUUGGCUGGCCAGUGUGCAGAGUGCAACAGGUAACCCUCUGUCCCUGGCCGACUUGGUGCCUUUAAUUCAGAGAACUCUAAAGGACGAGUCUUCGGUCACCUGUAAGAUGGCUUGCGCAGCAGUGAAGCAUUGCAUCAUGACUCUGUGCAGCAGCACCCUGAGUGAGCUGGGCCUGCAGCUUGUCAUAGACCUCUUCUCUCUGAGGGACUCCUCCUACUGGCUUGUUCGCACUGAACUCCUGGAAACCUUAGCAGAACUAGACUUCAGAUUGAUAAGUUUCUUAGAGAGAAAAAGCUACAUUUUACACAAAGGAAGCCAUCACUACAUGGGGAGACUGCAGCUCCAAGACAGAGUCCUGGACGACGUGUUCAUCCGUCUGUUGGGCGAUGAUGAUCCGAGAGUGCGGCAUGUGGCUGCAUCCGUCAUUAGCAGAGUGGUUCCACGGUUGUUCUUUGACUGCGACCAAGGCCAGGCCGACCCUGUGGUGGCGAUUGCCAGGGACCAGAGUUCAGUCUACCUUCAGCUGCUCAUGCAUGAGACCCAGCCUCCCUCCCAGUUCACCGUUAGCACCAUCACCAGGACGUACCGAGGCUACAACCUGUCCAACGUGGUGUCUGAUGUCACGCUGGAGAACAACCUGUCCAGAGUUGUUACCGCCGUCUCUCAUGCAUUCACGUCCUCUACCUCCAGAGCGCUAACGUUUGGCUGCUGUGAGGCUCUGAGCCUCUUGGCGUCAAAAUUUCCCGUCUCCACAUGGAGUACAGGCUGGCACUGUGGCUACGUUGGCUCCAGCAGCAGCGCCUCCUCCCGUUCCGGCCUCAGCCGCAGCAGAGGAAGAGCCCUCAGUUUGUCGCAGUCCAGCAACACUCCGUCUGCUGCUGCGUCUUCGACUCCAGCAGACGUGGAGCGUCGGACCCUGACUGUGGGGAUGGCCAACAUGGUGCUCUCCUUACUGUCUUCAGCCUGGUUUCCACUAGACCUUUCUGCACAUCAAGAUACACUUUUACUCUCGGGGAACCUGAUAUCUGCUGUAGCUCCAAAAUGUUUGCGCAACCCCUGGGCUGGAGAAGAGGAGUGUGGUGGUGGAAACACUGCUGCUGGCCCAAAUAAAGUGGAGGAACCCUGGGCGGCGCUGUCGGAGCGUGGCCUGGUCAGCAUGGUGGAGCAGCUGUUCUCACACCUGCUGAAGGUCCUCAACAUCUGUGCCCACGUGCUGGACGAUACACCACCAGGACCAGCAGUGAAGGCGGCUCUUCCGUCCCUGAGCAACACACCUUCUCUCAGUCCCAUCCGUAGGAAAGGGAAGGAAAAGGAGGCUGCUGAGCCCAACGCUGGCCCCAUGAGUCCAAAGAAAAGCACCGAGGUCAACACAGGCAGACCCCCAGAAGGCUCAGGGUCAACUGUGGUCAACAAAUCCACCAGUCUAGGAAGUUUCUACCACCUGCCUCCUUAUCUUAAGCUCUACGAUGUCCUAAAGGCCACACACGCCAACUAUAAAGUAACGCUGGAUCUCCACAGUCAGGAGAAGUUUGGAGGUUUCCUUCGUGCCACCUUAGAUGUUCUGUCUCAGCUGCUGGAGCUCGCAACUCUGCACGACAUUGGGAAGUGUGUUGAGGAAAUUCUGGGGUACCUGAAGUCCUGCUUCUCCAGGGAACCCACCAUGGCCACUGUCUGUGUGCAGCAGCUGUUGAAGACCCUGUUUGGGACCAACCUGGCCUCUCAACACGAAGGUAUUCUGAGUGGACCCAGCCGCUCUCAGGGCAAAGCUCUCCGUCUGGGCUCCUCCAGCCUGCGACCAGGCCUUUACCACUACUGCUUCAUGGCUCCGUACACGCACUUCACUCAGGCCCUGGCUGACGCCAGUCUCCGAAACAUGGUGCAGGCCGAGCAGGAGCAGGACGCGUCUGGAUGGUUUGAUGUCAUGCAGAAAGCGUCCAACCAGCUGAGGUCCAACAUAGUAAAUGCCACACGACACAGAGGAGAUAAGAAUGCCAUCCACAACCACAUUCGACUGUUUGAGCCGCUGGUGAUCAAAGCCCUGAAGCAGUACACCACCAGCACCUCUGUGGUGCUGCAGAGACAGGUGCUGGACCUGCUCGCACAGCUGGUGCAGCUCCGAGUCAACUACUGUCUGCUGGACUCUGAUCAGGUGUUCAUCGGUUUUGUUCUGAAGCAGUUCGAGUACAUUGAAGUGGGACAGUUCAGAGAUUCUGAGGCCAUCAUUCCCAACAUUUUUUUCUUCCUGGUGCUGCUGUCCUAUGAGCGGUACCACUCCAAGCAGAUCAUUAGCAUUCCUAAAAUCAUCCAGCUGUGUGACGGCAUCAUGGCAAGCGGCAGGAAGGCUGUCACACAUGCCAUCCCGGCCUUGCAGCCCAUAGUUCACGACCUGUUCAUCCUACGGGGCUCCAACAAAGCCGAUGCAGGCAAGGAGCUGGAGACGCAGAAGGAGGUGGUGGUCUCCAUGCUGCUCAGACUCAUCCAACACCACCAGGUGUUGGAGAUGUUCAUCCUGGUGCUGCAGCAGUGUCACAAAGAGAACGAGGAUAAGUGGAAGAGGCUCUCCAGGCAGAUCGCUGAUGUCAUACUUCCUAUGAUUGCCAAGCAGCAGAUGCAUCUGGACUCCCCUGAAGCGUUGGGAGUGCUGAACACUCUGUUUGAGAGUGUGGCCCCCUCCUCCCUCAGACCUGUAGACAUGCUCCUCAAGAGCAUGUUCACCAUCCCAGCCACCAUGGCCUCGGUCGCCACCGUCCAGCUGUGGGUGUCUGGCAUCCUGGCUGUGCUCAGGGUGUUGAUCUCUCAGUCCACCGAGGACAUCGUUCUGUCCCGCGUCCACGAACUCUCCCUCUCUCCUCACCUCCUGUCCUGCCACACCAUCCGCCGCCUGCAGCAGCAGAGCCCCGCCCACUGUGAGCUGCCUGCUGCUGAAGCACCUUCUAACCAGGAAACUAAUGGAGAGGCGCAGAAAGCUCCACCAGAGGAAACCUUUGCUCGGUUCCUCCUUCAGCUGGUCGGUGUUUUACUUGACGACAUUUCCAGUAGGCGGGUGAAGGUGGAAAUUACGGAACAGCAGCACACCUUCUACUGCCAGCAGCUGGGCACGCUGCUCAUGUGUCUGAUCCAUGUCUUCAAAAGUGGCAUGUUUCGUAGGAUCACAGCGGCAGCCAGCCGUCUCCUGAAGGCCGAGAGCGCUCCUGAAGCAAACUUCUUUUACACCUUAGAGGGGCUGAACAGCAAGGUCCAGUGCCUCAUAACCACCCACCCUCCUCUGGUUCUGCUGUGGUGCCAGGUCCUCCUCAUCAUUAACUACACCAACUACAGCUGGUGGGCGGAGGUUCAUCAGACACAGAGACGCCACAGCCUCUCCUCCACCAAGCUGCUGAGCCCCCACUCCUCAGCGGAAGGUGAAGAGGAGAGCUCUGAGUUCCGGUUAGCCGUGGUGAACAGAGAGAUCGUACGCAGAGGAGCCUUAAUCCUCUUCUGUGACUAUGUGUGCCAGAAUCUUCACGACUCGGAGCACCUGACCUGGCUGAUUGUCAAUCACGUGCGUGACCUCAUCGCCCUCUCCCAUGAGCCUCCAGUUCAGGAUUUCAUUAGCGCUGUCCACCGCAACUCAGCUGCCAGCGGCCUCUUCAUCCAGGCCAUCCAGUCUCGCUGUGACGACCUCACCGCUCCCACCACUCUGAAGAAGACUCUGCAGUGUUUGGAAGGCAUCCACCUCAGUCAGUCUGGGUCUCUGCUGAUGCUGUAUGUGGACAAACUGCUCUGCACUCCUUUCAGAGUUCUGGCUCGCAUGGUGGACACGCUGGCGUGUCGCCGAGUGGAGAUGCUGCUGGCUGAGACUCUGCAGAACAGUAUAGCCCAGCUUCCUGUGGAGGAACUGGACAGGAUCCAGGAGUACCUCCAGACCAGUGGACUGGCUCAAAGGCAUCAGAGGUUCUACUCCCUGCUGGACAGGUUCCGAGCAACUGUUGCCAACACCAGAAGCCCCGUGCCUCCAGUGACAUCACACCCAUUAGAUGGGGAUCCGCCCCCUUCCCCUGAGCAGGUGGUUGCUGAUAAGGAAUGGUACGUGGCUCUGGUGAAGUCCCAGUGUGGUCUGCGUGGAGACGUGUCCCUCUUUGAGACAACAGAGCUCCUCACCAAGCUACCUUCUGCUGACCUGUUAAACAUCAUGAGCCGAAAGGAUUUCAACCUCAGCUUGUUGUGUCCAUCCAUGAGCGUGGGGGUUCAGAGACUGACGCGAGGUCAGGGCUCUCUUCUGUUGGAGACGACCUUACAGGUCACACUAGGGCAGCUGGCAGAGGUCACCGGGUCCCUUCCUGCCCCACACCAGUCCUUCCUGCCUCCAGCUGACCCCCAGCCAUACUGGGAGCAGCUAGCUGCUCUGUAUGACAAAGCAGGUUUCUACUCCAGGGUUUUGGCGCUCUGCAGAGCGCUGUCCCAGUAUUUACUGAAAGUGAGCCAGCUGCCUUCAUCACUGCAAAUUCCUUCAGACAAGGAGCACCUCAUCACCACCUUCACCUGCACCUCCACUGAGGUCGUGGCGUGGCGCCUGCUCCACAACCGGCUGCCCUUGAGUGUCGACCUGCAGUGGGCCAUGUCCUGUCUGUGUCUGGCCCUGCAGCAGCCCUGUGUCUGGAACAAGCUGUCCACCCCAGAGUACACCACCCAGACCUGCUCCCUCAUCUACUGCCUACGCCUCAUUAUUGUUGCAGUGGCUGUGAGUCCAGGUGACCGCCUGCUGCAUGCAGAGAAGAGACCGGCGGGACACAAAGACCCUGAUGGAGAUGAUGUGGACUCGGGGAGUGCCAACAACCCGUGCGAGUGGCGGGCGUGUGAGAUCAUGGCAGAGCUGGUCGAAGGGCUGCAGAGCACCCUCUCCUUGGGUCACCCCAAAAACUCUGCCUUCCCCGCUUUUCUCACCCCAACAUUGCGCAACGUCAUCAUCAGUCUGUCCCGGCUGCCGCUGGUCAACAGCCACACCCGAGUGCCGCCGCUGGUUUGGAAACUGGGCUGGUCCCCCCAGCCAGGAGGAGAAUUCGGCACCGCUCUGCCCGAGAUCCCUGUGGACUUCCUGCACGAGAAGGAUGUCUUCAGAGAGUUCCUGUACCGCAUCAACACUCUGGGCUGGAGCAGCAGGACUCAGUUUGAGGAGACCUGGGCCACUUUGCUGGGGGUGCUGGUCACCCAGCCCAUAACAAUGGACCAGGAGGAGGAGACGCAGCAGGAGGAGGACCUGGAGCGUACCCAGCUCAACGUGCUGGCAGUGCAGGCCAUCACCAGCCUGGUGCUGAGUGCCAUGACCCUGCCCACUGCCGGGAACCCGGCCAUCAGCUGUCUGGAACAGCAACCCCGCAACAAAAGCCUCAAAGCCCUGGAGACACGGUUUGGGAGGAAACUGGCGGUAAUACGAGGGGAGGUGGAGAGAGAGAUUCAGGCUCUGGUGUCAAAGAGAGACAACAUUCACACGCACCACCCAUACCACGCCUGGGACCCCGUCCCCUCCCUGUCGGCUGCGUCUGCAGCAGGAACCCUCCUCAGCCACGAGAAGUUGCUGCUUCAGAUCAACACAGAGAGAGAGAUGGGCAGCAUGGACUACAAACUCGGGCAGGUCUCCAUCCACUCAGUCUGGCUGGGAAAUAACAUCACCCCACUGAGGGAGGAGGAGUGGGGGGAGGAUGAAGAGGAUGAAGCUGACACCCCUGCUCCCACCUCCCCCCCAUUAUCUCCUAUAAACUCCAGGAAGCACCGCGCUGGAGUGGACAUCCACUCGUGUUCUCAGUUCCUCCUGGAGCUCUACAGUCAGUGGCUGAUCCCCGGCUCCCCGGGUCACAGGAGGACCCCCACCAUCCUCAUCAGUGAGGUGGUUCGAUCGCUGCUGGCAGUGUCAGACCUGUUCACUGAGCGGAACCAGUUUGAAAUGAUGUUCUCGACGCUGAUGGAGCUGCAGAAGCUCCACCCACCAGAGGAUGAGAUCCUGAACCAGUACCUGGUCCCUGCCGUCUGUAAAGCUGCUGCUGUGCUGGGCAUGGACAAAGCCAUCGCUGAGCCUGUGUGCCGCCUGCUGGAAACCACCCUGCGCAGCACCCACCUGCCCAGCCGCAUGGGGGCCCUGCAUGGGGUGCUGUAUGUGCUGGAGUGCGACCUGCUGGAUGACACAGCCAAGCAGCUCAUCCCUGCUGUGUCAGAGUAUCUUCUGUCGAACCUCAGGGCCAUUGCUCAUUGUGUGAACCUGCACAACCAGCAGCAUGUGUUGGUGAUGUGUGCAGUGGCCUUCUACAUGAUGGAGAACUACCCUCUGGACGUAGGACCAGAGUUUAUGGCUGCAGUUAUACAGUUGUGUGGGGUCAUGGUGUCGGCCAGCGAAGACUGCACCCCCUCCAUUAUCUACCACUGUGUGCUGCGCGGACUCGAGCGCCUCCUGCUGUCGGAGCAGUUGUCCCGCAUGGAUGGAGAGGCGCUGGUGAAGCUCAGCGUGGACCGUGUCAACAUGCCGUCCCCGCACAGAGCCAUGGCCGCCCUGGGCCUCAUGCUCACCUGCAUGUACACCGCGGUGCUCGCGUCAGGCUCAGAUGGGGUUAGAGGUCAGGUCGGCUCUGCUGUAGCGGAGGCGCUGGCCGUCAUGGAGGGUCAUGUUGGUCUCUCCUUAGGCAAGGAGAAAGCCAGCCCCACCAGCUGGCCCACCCACUCUGACCCCCAUGCCCCGGACAGCGAGUCCAUCAUCGUCGCCAUGGAGCGGGUCUCUGUGCUCUUCGACAGGAUCAGGAAGGGUCUGCCCAGCGAGGCUCGGGUGGUGUCCAGGAUCCUGCCCCAGUUCCUGGACGACUUCUUCCCUGCACAGGAUAUCAUGAACAAGGUCAUCGGAGAGUUCCUGUCCAACCAGCAGCCUUACCCACAAUUCAUGGCCACCGUGGUCUACAGGGUGUUCCAGACGCUCCACGCCACAGGCCAGUCCUCCAUGGUGCGAGACUGGGUGCUGCUGUCUCUGUCCAACUUCACCCAGAGGACCCCGGUGGCCAUGGCCAUGUGGAGCCUGUCCUGCUUCUUCGUCUCGGCCUCCACCUCGCAGUGGAUCUCUGCCCUACUCCCACAUGUGAUCAGUCGAAUGGGCUCCAUCGAGGUGGUGGAUGUCAACCUGUUCUGCGUGGUGGCCAUGGACUUCUACCGGCACCAGAUUGACGAGGAGCUGGACCGCAGGGCCUUCCAGUCUGUCUUUGAGACGGUGGCGGUGCCCGGCAGCCCGUACCACCAGCUGCUGGGCUGCCUGCAGUCCAUCCACCAGGACACGUCGCUGUAACUCCGUCUGUGGGGGUGUGCCCAGAGGCUCGGAGGAGGGAAACAUGCCCAAGGGAAGCUGAUAGGGGGUAUUGGAGGGGCUGGGUGUUUUCUCCUCUCUACAGUGACAGGAAACCAAGUCUGAGGCCCGCCGCCGAGUGCCACCGUCAGUCUGAAAGUGAAGGAGAUCCGAGUCCAGACGUUUCUGCAUGGGAGGUGUCGGCGGCUCCUCCCACUUUGCACUUUUUCAUCGAAAAGAAAAUCAAAGAAAUUUAAAGCAGAAACCAAUCUGAAGGAUUGACCUGCUAAAAUGUCGCAAUACCAGUACAAUGUAGAGGAUAUUUACAGUUCCAUGUUCAGUUUGCGCCUCAUGAGGGUGCUCACACACCUGAGCACGCAUCAUGCCAGUGAUUAGGGAAAACGGCGCUCCAGCUGCUCCCUGAUGACUUGCAGUUUUAUUUUCCCUCAAGUGGGGGGGGGCAGCACAGCUGUUUUUGGUGAGGAUGUCAAACAGAGGAGACAGUCAUAAUCAAACCAUGAAUUCUGUCAUUUGCGUGUGUACAGUGACAGCGCGUCCUCCUUCCUGCGGCUCCCUGAGGAGGCCUCCUAUUUAUUCUCAGGACGUAAAAUGUGACUGUCAUUGUAAUCAGAUUACAGUCCUUCCUUGGUAUCUUGUAAAAUCACAGUUGUACAGUAACAAAAGCCAUGUUGCAUGAUGGCGUGGAAGCUCAGGUGUUCCUGUGCAACACCUUUUUAUCGGUCCGACUGACUGCAGGACGCUGCAAGCUUUUAGUGAUUCUGUGCGCUGUGGUUUCUCUGUACAUACUCUGCCUUAGAGGAUUCUAAAUGUCCCAUACAAUGACAUCACGCUCCGCACGGUUCCGGAUUCCUGCCUCGCCGUGAUGCAUCGGAGAUCGACUGACAGCAGCUUCGACAAAUCAAGACGAGGAAAUGUAGCGGCGUCCCACACAGGAGAGGAGUCUUCUGUUCCUGCUUUAAAUAUUGUUUCUGUUAUUAAUGGGUGAAUAUUGCAUCGUUCUCUCUGUGCAGAUUAUUAAAUACUUACAAACUGGAGCUCUGCUCUCCUGGUCCAUGGUGAAAAUAUUUCUUCUUCAUGUCACUUUCCAUGAAUAAUGUAAACAUAAUGUCAUUCUACAAUAAAGACUGAAUGUGAGGCCUCA